AUGCAGCAGUCUCCGCAAAUGUUUCCGAUGGUUCCUUCGAUUCCGCCAACUAACAUCACCACAGAACAGAUCCAAAAGUACCUUGAUGAGAACAAGAAGCUGAUAAUGGCAAUCAUGGAAAAUCAAAAUCUCGGAAAACUAGCAGAAUGUGCUCAGUACCAGGCUCUUCUCCAGAAGAACUUAAUGUAUCUCGCUGCAAUUGCUGAUGCUCAACCUCCUCCACCUACACCUACACCAGGAGCUGCACCAGCACCACCUAUGGCUCCCCAGAUGACAACACCGCACCCUGGAAUGCAACCGCCUGGCUACUUUAUGCAGCACCCGCAAGCUCAAGGAAUGGUGGCUCAACAAGCAUCACCCGGCGGGAUCUUCCCUCCAAGAGGUCCUAUGCAGUUUGGUAGCCUACAGCAGUUUCAGGAUCCGCAACAGCAGAUUCAUCAACAAGCUAUGCAAGGACACAUGGGGAUCAGACCAAUGAACAUGAAUAACAACGGGAUGCAGCACCAAAUGCAACAACCAGAAACCAAUCUUGGUGCAAAUGUGGGGAUUAGAGGAAGCAAACAAGAUGGAGCAGAUGGACAAGGAAAAGAUGAUGGCAAAUGA